UCCGUGCCCUCCGCCCCAACCCUCCCCUAAUCACUUGUCUUGCUUUCAAUGACUGGGCCGACAUCCUUUGGGUAGCAACGCAUGACAAGGCCAUGUUUCCUCAGUUCUCUAAGGAUUUGGUUAUGAAUGCGAAGGACGAGCUGGAUAACGAUAAGUUGGUCCAAGCUUCGAUUAGGGAUGAGAUAGCGAUGAAAGAGAAACUGUUCGUUGAUCUUUGGGGUGCAAAGUCUCUGUUCCAUGAUGGGCUUGUCCAGGUCCCAAUUGAGGAAAUGUGUGAGUCGGAGUCGGAGGACGAGGAGGGUGUUCUCCUCACCGAGGAGGAGAAACAGUAUUUGCAGCAGACGAUAUCGAAAUCUAAGGCUGAGCUUGCGGUCAAUCUUGCGAAGGAGAAGGGCAAGGGGGUUAAUAAGUUCUAUCGUAAUGCGUUCCUCCCCAUCGCCCCGUCUAGGUGGAUCGAAAAUGAGGCGAUGAGAUGCAAUGAUAAGAUAUGGGACCUUUAUACCUUUAACCAUAGUGCCCCAAUUAGUAUCAACGCCUACAGGCUCCUCGCCUACGGAUAUGGACUUAUGUGAGGAGAGGGCUCUCGGAGCCAACACGGACCUAAUAAAGGGGUCAUACCCGU